AGUGUUGUUCUGCGAUUUAUAUUAUUUACGUUUGAAUUUUUUAAUAAUAUAAAUAUGGUAUAUAAAAUAUUUUCACCAAAAUUCACCAAACAUUUAAAAGUAUUAUGUGUCAAUGAAAAGUUUCAACAGGAACAUUUUUAUUUAUGUCAGUGGCAAAAAUCCCAAAAUAUAUCAAUAUGGUUCAUGAUCUAUCGAAUUUUAAUGACAAUCACGACAGUCGGUAUUAUGAUCUUAUCACUGAUCAAUCAACUGGAAGUUGACCCCGAUUACACAAUUUUCAAAUGGUUUAUAUACAUGACACAUUGGGGAUAUUUAAUAAUUGUAUUGCAAUUUUUGCUGGCAACAUUAAUCCAUACCUAUUAUUUUAUCAAAGAAAAGUUGCUGGUGAAAACAAUAUCAGAUAAAGAGCAACCAUCAACUGCACCAGAAGCAACAAAUCAAAACCAAAAUGUGGAUCUUAAAAAACAGCACAAGAUCAAUUUAGUAUGUAAAUUUUAUGGAGUAAUUCACGCUAUGGCCGCAGUACUUGCGAUUGGAAUCACCGUUUUAUAUUGGGUUUUAAUUUACAAUCCAGAAAUCCAUAAAAUCAAUUUCAUAAAUUUGGCAAUGCAUGCAAUGAAUUCAAUUAUAAUGUUGAUUGAUUUAAUGUUGGUAGCACAUCCGAUGUAUUUGCUACAUGUUAUAUAUCCAUUUUUGUUCGCCAUUAUUUAUACAUUUUUUACAUAUUUCUAUUAUUUAGCUGGCGGUAAAGGAAAGGAGGGUCAACCAAGUAUAUACGAAGUAUUAGAUUGGAAUCGACCGGUUAAAAGUAUUAUCGUAUCCGUGAGUGCGAUUUUAUUCGUAGUGAUACUAUUUUUCAUGACAUAUUUAUUAGUUUUCGCACGGAAAUAUUGUAAGUAUAAAUGUGCCAAACCAAAGCAAAUCGAUGAUGCACAAUCCACGCCAAAUAAUAUACCAACUGUAUCUUUAAAUGAAGUUACUAUAAAUAGUAUUCAAGAACAACAGAUUGGUUCAAAUGAUAUCAUAGUUUAAGGGGCAACACCCUAUGUAGACUGGUGUUUUUUUGUAUCGAAAUUUACGUUUUAAACAGGACCUUCCGUUUUACGAUACGUCCAAAAUUUUUUACUACGAUUUGAUGUAUCGUUCUCGAAUGCGAAGUUCUGUAGAGUGUGAAUCGAUCUUGGAGAUUGUU